AUAAUUUCAUCUAUCAAACUUGAGCUAACUGAGUACUAGGUAACACACUACUUGACGACAUAGAAAAUGGCCCCCCCUUUUAGAGCCGAUCACAUUGGGUCGCUGCUAAGGCCUCAGUCGCUUCUAGAAGCCCGCAAAUGUCUUUCCUCCCCCUCUCAGAUGUAUUCGUUGGACAUCCCACAGUCGGUCAAAGAUGCGGAGCUGCAAGCAAUUAGCGAAGUAGUCCAAGAGCAGUUACGGAAAGGCAUUCGGCCCAUCACGGAUGGCGAAUAUGCUCGCCAUAUCUACUAUGGGGGCUUCUUCGAAAAACUCUCUGGUUUUGAAGCCAAACCGGAUCUUCCGAUUCCAGAUGCAUUCCGAACCGACUUUCCAACAACUACGGGCCUUGCGAAGAUGGGAGCAAAGACUCGGGCCGCAGUUAUGUGUACUGGCAAGAUUGAGUAUAAGGAGUCUCCUUACCUCUCGGAAUGGCUUGAACUCCGCGGCAACUUACCUAAGGAAUCAUGGUCUCAGGCCAAAUUCACCAUUCCAGCACCAAACUACCAGCAUAUCCAACUCAAACCCGGAACUGCGUGGACCAAAGACUCGGGCUAUUCUUCAGACCAAGAAUACUUUGACGACCUCGCCAAAUGUUAUGCUGCGGAACUUCAAUCGCUUUACGAUGCAGGUCUCUGCAACAUCCAGGUGGACGAUCCACAUCUGACAUACUUCUGCUCUUCCCAGUUCCUCGAAGGGUGUAAAAAGGACGGCACAGACACGGAUGAACUGCUAGACCUCUAUACGCGAACUCAUAACCAGCUCUUGGCGAACAAGCCGGCGGACCUACACGCAGGAAUGCAUCUUUGCCGAGGUAACAUGUCCGGAUCCACGCAUUGGGUAUCCGGCUCUUACGAGAAGAUCGCGUACAAGCUCUUCAACGAGACGGACUACCAGACGUACUAUCUCGAGUUCGACGAUCUCGAGCGCGCCGGUGGCUUCGAACCUUUGCGGUUCCUCCCCAAAGGCAAGAAUGUGGUGCUAGGUCUCGUCUCAACCAAGACGCCCGAGCUAGAGGACGCAAGCGCGAUUAAAGAAAGGGUGUUUGCUGCUGCCGAAGUCAUCGCUAAGGCUCAGGGGAUAAGUAAGGAGGAAGCGAUAGGAUGCCUUGCCAUUAGCCCUCAGUGUGGAUUUAGUAGCAGUAGCUUGGCCGGGGGUAUAGGAAUGACGAUGGAGACGAUGUGGGAUAAAUUGGAACUUGUUCGAGAUGUGGCGCGGGAUAUCUGGGGUUGAUUAGCUGCCGUCGACCUACUGUAGCCCCUAUUAAGUUAGGCUUAGCACAGGCUCGACAGUAACUCAGCAACAGCUGAACCACGGCUGAACGCGGGGUUGACAGUGGUUAGGUAGUGUACGCUACAAUCCCUUCCAGGUUCUAAGCCUUAGCGAGUACCUAAUAGCGCUAAGCACACUAUAAGAAAUAACUUAGAGGAGACUUAUCGAUACCCCAGGACUGCCAAUACAGUCCAAUCCAUAGGGCAAUCCGUGC